AUGGAUCCUGAUUUCUACGUUAAAAACAAUGGCUAUCAGCGGAAAUUUAACCUCCAGGUUCUGGAAUUAAUGCGAGGCUCGUUCACAGAUGAGACCAAGGAGCAACAGUUUCUCGACCUGGGUUGCGGCACCGGAGACUUCACCCGCGACCAGCUCCUCCCUCUCUGGCCAGACGUCGGGAGGAUUGUGGCGGUCGACGUGUCCCAGGACAUGGUGGAACACGCCAAGAGGGAGUUUGCCCACCCGAAGAUCUGCUACGAUGUCUUGGACAUUGGAGGGAGCGGGGUGGCUGACUUUGUCGGGCGAUAUGGUCAGUUCGAUCGUGUCUAUUCCUUCUUUUGCCUACACUGGAUCGGGAAUCAAGAAAGGGCUUUCAAGAACAUCGCCGACUUGAUGAGACCAGGUGGUGAAUGUCUGCUUAACUUCCCUGCGUCCGUAAGCUUUAUGCGCUUGGGAAGAAAACUCUUAACUUUGGAUCACUGGCAAAAAUACCGAACGGUGAUCGCGACGCAUUCUCCAACCCUGGAUUUGGCAGACCGAGAUACCCGUCUGUCUUACAUAUCUGGUCUUGUGAAGAACGCCAAUCUGAUUCCAACCACGUGCGAGGUGCUGGAAGAAGAUCGCAGGUGGUCUACCGUUGAGGAAUAUAAAAGAGCGCAUAUGGGACUGAUUAGACUAUCCAACCUUGUGACAGAAGAAGAGAAGCCUCUCCUCCUCAAGGACGUCGCCGAGGAAGGAGCCAAGUUGUUCGCCGAGAAAGAGGCCGGUAGUUCACCGUUCCGCAACACCCAGUUCCUGGUGCGCGCCCGCAAACCUCGACCCUAA